AUGGAACAUUCAGGCGAUGUGGGCGAGACACUGUACUGUAUAUGUCGGUCAUCAGAUUGUGAAAGAUUUAUGAUUGGAUGCGACCAUUGUGAAGAAUGGUAUCAUGGAGAUUGCAUUGGAGUCACACAGCUUGACGCAAGGUCAAUCAAGCGUUACUACUGUGAUGCUUGCAGAGCCCAUAAUCCGAAUCUGGAAAUACAGUACAAGAAUAGAAAGAAAGAAAGGCGGGCAGUUAGUGAGUCCAGUGACCAUGAAAAGGGGGACAAAAAUAACAAAGAAUACAAAACCAAGCUAAGAGAGAAAAUGAUGGCAAAGAGCAGAAUGACACGAAGAUGUGGAGAAUGCAGUGCAUGUCAUCGAGCAGAGGAUUGUGGAAGGUGUGAUUUUUGUAAGGACAUGAAAAAAUUUGGAGGAACAAACAAGCUGAGGCAAAAGUGUAGGCUAAGACAGUGUACAAGUUUUGGUUUGUCCUCAUCAGAAAAAGGUUCUGUUGUACCAGAUACAGCUUCCGAAAAAGGAGUGACAGAUUUUUCAGAUUUUGAAGAUGAUUUUGAUGAAGAGGAAGCAUACGAAAAUGUGAAAGUAGCCCCCAAGAGAAGAGAAAAAAGGAACAGUUCUCCAGAAGAGUCUCCAAAAAAGAGGAAAAUUAAGAAAAAACAAAAACAUAAGGAAAAUAAGAAAUCACCCGCAAAGUCACCAGUGAAAUAUAUAAUUGUGUGUGUCUCCAAUUUUUUUAAAAAGAAAUCUCGGCAGAAAAUGAGCUCACGGAGGCAUGCGGAUAUUGAUGAUGCCUUGGAGACAGAUGAUGAUGUGCCACGCCAGUGUUACGGACCUGGAUGCCUGGAGCCUGCAAGAGUUGGCUCAAAAUACUGUUCUGAUGAGUGUGGAAUGAAGCUGGCUAAAAGCCGGAUUUAUGAAAUUCUGCCGUCACGAAUCCAGCAGUGGCAGAGCAGCCCGUGUGUAGGUGAGGAAAACAACAAGAAAACUCUAGAAAAACUUGGACAAGAAACAAUGGAAGCAAGACAAAAACUUCGUCAGUUGGACAUGAAAAUCCAGGAGCUUGAUGCGCUGGUUGAAAGGGGCAGGCGACUCCAAAUGGAUUCUGAGCAAGAGGGAACUGACCAGGAAGAAGACACCGAGUUGAGUGUGUACUGUGUGACAUGUGGCACUGAGUUAAACCAGAAGGGGGCUUUAAGACACAUGGAAAAAUGCUACCUAAAGUUUGAAGCUCAGACGUCCUUCUGGUCUUUAUACAAGACUCGCAUUGAGGGCAAUUCCAUGUUUUGUGAUUUUUACAACCCUCAGCAGAAAAUGUACUGCAAACGGUUAAAGGUUUUGUGUCCUGAACAUACCAAGGAACCAAAGGUCCCACCAGAUGCAGUCUGUGGGUGCCCCAUAAACACAGAGCUGUUUGAAGAGGGUGAAACUUUGUGCAGGGCCCCUAAGAAAAAAUGUGUCAAGCACUUCUGCUGGGAGAAACUGCGACGGGCAGAAAUUGACAUGCACCGACUGAGACAGUGGAUGAAGCUGGAUGACCUUUUUGAACAAGAACGGAACAUUAGAAUGGCCAUGUCUAACCGCAUGGGAGUGCUGGGACUGAUGUUGCACCAGACAGUUGACCAUGACCCUAUGACCCCAAUGAAAUCAAACUCCCGUUAA